GCUCAAGUGGAAUGCUAGGUCAGAGAGAGAGAGAGAGAGAGAGAGUCGGAAAGGCAGGCAAAAGCACACGGCAGUGCGCGGGUUUCAAUUCAAAAGAUUUCACCGAUGAAACAAGCGAGCGGAAUACACGAUCACGACAACAGACCGGAGAACCAGACAGACUGCGGUUCUGUUCAUUCAGUUCUUUCACAACGCGCUAGAAAAGUGUGCGCACAGCUCCAUGACAGCCGUACCGGAGGCGUUUUUGGAUUUCAUAAUCACCCCCCACAAGUGGCAUUACUUCUGCUCAGAACUCAGCACGAUCGGCCGAUCGUUUGAUGAACCUGUUUUCACUUGUCCCUGUACGGAACUGCCAUAUUUUCGAACACAAAACCUAGAGCUAAGCUAAGCAAUGGCGGCAGCAGCAGCUGCUGCGCGUUGCAGGAGGCCAAGAAUCGGCAAGUAUUCGGCUUCCCCGAAUGGCGGGGAAGUGACAAAAACACAUGUUCUUAUUAUCUAAUGGUUAAGUACCUGAGGCGUGCCCCGACAUCUUCAAAACGAUGCAAAAGCGCCGCGUAGAAAGCAUAACAGUGGGGCGGUUAGGUGGAGAAUAAGUAUUUUCAUGUUUAAGCACACACACACACAUACACAUUGUACCGUCCCAUUGUAACCCGUGACGCAAUCAGUGCAGCCGGAGGAGGGUCACUUUGCGAAACGAAAAAACAAACACAAAUGAUUCGAACGGAAAAAAAUGUGAUAUUUUGUAAGGAAAAGCAAAACGGAACCGGAAUUUAUCACGCUCGGGUUCGGCCCGUGGGCCGAAGCGAGCCGGAAGGACAAAAUUAGGGGAACACCCCAUGCAAUCUGUGCCGAAUCGAUCGAUCGUUGCCAUAGCGAACAGGAGCGCAGAAUGCGGAGUUAUAUUUUGUUACUUUUGUAUUACCUUUUAUAGGCACUCCAUCCAUUACACAGCCUUACGUUUACGACAAACAUGAAGCACAAUGAAAAAUGCUGUGGUAUUCUCCCAUGGUGGCCAAAACGAGCGGUAGGGCAAAAAAGAUCGACUUUCGGCGAUCAGUCGCUACGGAAUGAGGAGCGAAUGAAACGCAUCAAAGUGAGCAUCGAACGCAAUAGCACAAAACGCACAACUAAGUAAGAAACAGCAACAGAGUGUCAAACGAUGCACAAUGGUGAGUGAGUGAGAGAGAGAGAGGGAAACAAUAUUCUUAAAGAGGAGCUCGGUUAAGUUAGGCCGUAGGAUUUCAUAGUGGAUAGGACCGACCGGAAGGUGCAUAACUCUGUGUAGGCUUCCGUAAAUUGCAAUAUUAAUUUUAUUGAAAACACAAUUUUGUUGUACUUAAGGAUGUAGCCGGUAGCAGCGUACGGACAGGCAGAAAGAGAGAGAAAGGGAAAAAGAAAGAGAGAAAGAGAGAGAAAGAGAUAAGGAAAAGUAGAGAGAAGGCAAGAGAGAGAGAGAGAGAAAGCAGUUAAGCAGUUUUGAAAGAGUAACGGCGAGUAACAUGCAAUGUAGUAGCAGUAUUUAGUAUAGGAAAGUGUUUUUUUUUAUUAAUUUCUACUUCCGCUUUCAUCACGUACUUCAAGUUAUAUCGAAUAUUAGUAAUCAUUAAACGAUCCGUAUGACGUUAGGGCCCUAGAAUACUUCUAGUGUGUAUCUCUCUUUAGUUGAUUAGAGCAACCUCCUCUAUUCGCACCGUUCAGUUCCCUCGUUCUUUUCCGGACAGCCGCGAAACGCAGGCACUUCCGGCACAGCGCACGCGUAACACAGCUAGUGGUGCACCGACGCAUAAGACGAGACUUUCGCACAAAUGUCCAUCCAACGUACAACCUGUAGUGUAGUGGUCAUUGACCGCCCCGACGCGUUCUAACGUACUAAUUUUUUGCCUGCUGCUUGACAGCUUGGCGAUAAGCGUUGAAUAGUUUAAGCAACUUUUUGAGACCGUCCCCUAUGCCAUUUGCCAUCCAUGUUCCAUUUUGCCAUUUUAAGACGUACCGCAACGUAGCGCGAUCGUCCUCGAUACUGUUUCCUCGAGCGUACCACUCACCCACCCCAUCCGUGAUCCGUCCCGUGAUCCUGAAGGAAUCAUCACUCAGCAACAGCAGUAACAGUCUCCCUCUUCGACGGCGGCCGUAUGUUAUGUGAUUGCUGUCUUUCUUUACAAACUAGCGUCUAAGGCAUCUAGCGGUAGAGAUCUGAGGCGUCGGCGAGUGCUGCUCUGCGUGAGCACGAGGGCACGAGGCCGCGAACCGCCAUCGAGAAGAGCGUACCGAGAAGAAGGAAGUUAGUUUUAUGGCGCAAAACCGCGAAAACGAGACAAAAAUGCGAAAAAAUUACACAAAAACACAUUUUUCGGAACCCGGUCAGAAGGAAUGUUUCACAAACGCAACAACAACCUAGUGUAAGUUCUUCUUUUUUAACUGUACUGUUAUAUUUUAUUGAAAAUGAUGAAAAAAACGAUUAAAUAUAGUUUGAGUUUAGUACA